CAGAGGCUGUAACAAUUUACACCAGUGCAUUGUUAUACAUUUAGAUUGCGCCAAUUUCUUCCGGGAAAACUCCUGCAAUUGCACGGAAAGGUUAAAUUGAUUAGAUUACGGAUAUCAUUUGACACAGUUAUCCAACAGUUAGUUUCAAACGAUAUUUCCCAUUAUUUGUACAAGAAAUUAAAUAGGUGAUGUCGAAAAGGACAGUAUUGAAAGCGUUGUUUACAGUUAUCAUCAUAGGAAAUUGCAUGUUACUAUUAUUAUUGUACACACCAACGAGAUGCACACAUUUGCAGGUCACCAAAUAUACAAAGAAGAACAUACCGUACCACACCACGAAACCUACAACAUUAGAUGAUGUAUACAUCGCAGUUAGAACAAGUAAGAGUAACCACAAUGGAAGGAUGGCAGUGAUACAUCAAACGUGGUUUCAACUGGCAAAAAAGCAGACUUGGUUUUUCACCGACGUGGAGGACGAGAAACUACAAAACUUAACAGACGGUCACAUGAUUAACACCAAAUGCGGAGAGUCACACUCCCGAAGAGAUCUGUGCUGCAAAAUGGGGGUUGAAAUCAGUACAUUCAUGACGGCAUCUGAGAGCAAGUGGUUUUGUCAUUUUGAUGACGACAACUACAUCAACAUUCCAAAAUUAGUGGAUGUACUGAAUGGUUACGAUCCUGAUGCGGAUUGGUAUUUGGGAAAACUUAGCUUAGACCAUCCAGCUAUAGUGACCCACAACGAAACCAAGAAAACGACAAGAUUCUGGUUUGGAACGGGAGGCGCAGGGGUUUGUAUUAGCAGACCCCUAGUUACGAAAAUGAAACCAUUCACAAUUGGCGACCAAUUUAUGCGCACCUGCGAUCUUGUGGCCAUAGGGGAUGAUGCUACUAUGGGCUACAUACUACACGCGCAGAACAUAUCAUUGACGGUUAUAGACAGAUUUCACUCCCACUACGAACAGUUUAAGUGCAUCCCUAGAGAAACCAUCGAGAAGGAGAUCGUACUCAGUUAUAAAGGUGAAAAUAUUUUGGAGAUAGAAGGAUUUGAUCUUGAAACCGACCCCACUAGGUUUAUGUCUCUGCACUGUGUUUUAUUUCCGAAUGCAGAUCUCUGUACCACAAUGAAAAGGACGUAUACUAUACCGACUAAAAAUACUCAACACUCGUGCAUAAUACACAAAUUCUUGUCAAUUAUAAGUGUUUCAUUUUGGUGUAGAUAUAUAUAACUGUGUAACAAUGCGGCGUCAUCGUGGCGCAUAAAUUCGAGAAAAUGAAUAUAACGCUUUGUUUAUUCGAAGGAUAAAGACUUGUUAACUAUGUUUAAAUUGACCAUUGACGUUAAUGGUUUGUUUUGGUCAAUCAUAAGUUAGAUAUUAAAUUGUAAUUCUCACAAUUUCUAGUGUGGGAGCUGUAACUGUGAUUCAAUUCAACGUCAAGAAAUUAUAAAACAAAAUGUUAUCUUGAGUAUUAAUGUAUGUCCUCGACGAGAGCUCCCAUCGAUGCGAUUCCAGGCUAGAACAAGCAAGUAUCCACGUAUCUAAUUAUGUGGCUUAACAAUGACUGAAUUGUGGCUGAAGGACCAAAAUGUUAAUUACUGAUAACCGAAGUUCAAUAUCGAAUUCAUCAGUUUUGUCUCUGAUGGAGUUCACAUUUACAUUAAUACCGAGAGCAAAGUCGAUCAGGUAUCGAUUGAAUUUGAGGCCUAGAUACGCGCGUGGCUCCUGUCCACCCUCCUAUUGUAAUCCAGAAUCCAAAAUUCACAUACAUAAAAAUAUACUCUUCCUUGUCUUAAGAAUUACAAGUCAUUUUUACAAGAACUCACUCCUCGUGUAUUACAAAAGCUUAUUUUUACAUUACGAUUCGUCUAUUGGCUGCCAUUUUUACAUACUUAUGCGGAGUGGGAGUAUGGAUCCGUUGACCCAGUGACCUACCUUAAAGCGGUGACCUACGUCUCACCACCCAAGCUAAGUAGGUAUAGCUCUCUUAUUAUUUUUACGUGUAAAUUGUUUUAUGACAUUUUAGAUAACAUAUGUUUAUCUUUACUUUAAGCGACACAAUUUAUUACUCGUUGUGGUAGGUCAUACAUUUAAUUUAUUUAAAUAGUAAUAAACAAGUAGACGAAAACGUUCGAAAUUGGAAGGAAAAGCUUCUAUGGAAAGUUUUCGAGUUUAACUUUGUAGCUCGAUAAAGUACAUUCAUAAACAUCUUUCUCUCUCUUAAAU